GUUGUCUAAAUAAGGCAAAAUCUCCUAAAUAUGAAGAAACGCAGAGGGCGGACAGGUCGAAAAAGACGAACAAAAUGCUUGCAGAGCUUUAUGGAUGGAGUCAACUGCAGUCACAAGCUGGAGUACAUUCAGCUUAAGAAGUGGUUGAAAGACAGAGGUUUUGAAGACAGUAAUUUAAGACCAGCAGAGUUCUUGGAAACAGGAAGAGGACUGAUGACAACAAAAGCUAUUCAGGCAGGAGAUCUGAUUAUUUCAUUGCCUGAGAAAUGCUUACUCACUACCAGCACUGUCCUUAGUAGUUGCUUGGGAGAAUACAUUAUGAAAUGGAAGCCUCCUGUAUCUCCUUUGAUAGCACUGUGCACAUUUUUAAUAGCAGAGAAGUAUGCUGGUGAAGAGUCUCAAUGGAAGCCAUAUCUUGAUGUUUUACCCAAGACAUACACUUGCCCUGUUUGUUUGGAGCACGAUGUAGUAAGCCUUCUUCCUGAACCUUUAAGAAAGAAGGCUCAGGAGCAGCGAACAAUGGUCCAGGAGUUAUACAUGUCUUCCAAGGCUUUUUUCUCUUCCCUGCAGCCUUUGUUUGCUGAGAACACAGGAACUAUUUUUAACUACAGCGCUCUAGAGUGGGCUUGGUGCACUAUUAAUACCAGGACAAUAUACAUGAAACAUUCACAGAGGGAAUGUUUUUCUCUUGAGCCAGAUGUUUAUGCAUUGGCACCCUAUCUAGAUUUGCUAAACCACAGUCCAAAUGUUCAGGUAAAGGCUGCGUUUAAUGACCAGACAAGAAGCUAUGAAAUUCAGACAAAUUCACAAUGCAAAAAAUAUGAAGAAGUCUUCAUCUGCUAUGGGCCUCAUGAUAAUCAGCGACUGCUGCUAGAAUAUGGAUUUAUUGCCAUGGAUAAUCCUCAUAGCUGUGUUUAUGUCUCAUCAGAUAUUCUCCUCAAAUAUUUCCCACCACUGGACAAGCAGAGAAAUGCAAAACUUUCCAUUUUAAAGGAUCAUGAUUUCUUAGAAAACCUGACCUUUGGAUGGGAUGGACCAUCUUGGAGGCUCCUGACAGCUCUGAAGUUGUUAAGUCUUGCAGCAGAUGAAUUUACUUGCUGGAGGAGAACGCUGCUUGGUGAUGUAAUUUCAGCAAAAAAUGAACAGCAAACUUUGACUAUAACAGCAAAAAUAUGCCAUUAUUUGAUAGAGGAGACACAACAUGCCCUUCUCCAGAUUUCCCAGUUGAAAAGAAUGAAAGAGAACCUCAGAGAACACCUGGCUUUGGUAGAAGCACUACGCUUGGAAGAUUUGAAGAUACUACAAAAAUCGGCUGAGGUUCUUGCAGCUUGAAUAUGGCAGCAACUUCACCUAUAUGGACUUAUGAUAGCUGUGGCUGAUAUGAGCUCAUUUGCCAUGGAUGUGCCUUGCUCAACUGUUUCAAUGGACUUGCACAGCAAAGAAUAAUGUACGAAGUCACAGAAUAUGUCUAGUUUUGUUGACCGGGUCACACAGCACCUGAAGUCUCAUUUUGUUCUUUGCUGACCUUCUUCAGUAAUACAAAGCUUGGCACAAAUGGUAGAGGGUCACACACAUUACUUUGAUCACAUCUUGUUGAAGUCCUGGCUGCUAGGGUAAUUUGAGCAGUCCCAGGACUGUGGGCUUCAGCAGUCCUAGACUUCCCAGUUGCCUCUGUGGCUAAAGUGUGGAUCAUAGGGUCAGGCAGGCACUCUAAGCAUGCAUUUGAGCUCUGGCACUUGACAAAAAGGAAGAGCUGAUCCUUUACUUUUUUUUCCUCAGAUCUGUUCAUUGCUGGAGUGAUAGAUGUGGACUAGAACACA